UCCCUCCUCCGCCACACGGUGGACCGGAGGAUUCCCUCCGUCCCUCCGCCGCUUUGUCGUCGAGCCGAGCAGGAGGUCCGUCAGUCCGAGCAGCCGCCGCACCGGAGCCGCACCGAGGAUCGUUACCGGAGAGCCAGAAAACACAUCCAGCACCGCCGUCGCCAUGGGGAAAGGCUGCCUGACAGCGAGCAAGUACUUCCUGUUCCUCUUCAACCUCAUCUUCUUCCUGUUCGGCGCCGUCAUCAUGGGCUUCGGACUCUGGCUGCUGCUGGACAAUCAGAGCUUCAUCGUGGUUCUGAGUAACUCCGUGGCGGUGAAGACCUCCUGCUACAUCCUGAUCGGGGUUGGAGCUUUCUCCAUGCUGCUGGGCUUCCUGGGAUGUCUGGGAGCCAUCUAUGAGAUCCGCUGCCUACUGGGUCUGUACUUCGCCUGCCUCCUCCUCAUCCUCAUCGCGAUCGCAGCUGGAGCUCUGAUGUACUUCCAGAAGGACACGCUAAACGAGGAAAUGUCCAAGAUCGUCACCAAGGUGUUGGAAAACUAUCCUGGAAACAACUCGACCAACCGAGCAGGCCUGGACUUCAUCCAGAGGAACAUGGAGUGCUGUGGUUGGUCCGCGAUGGACUGGUCCGGGAACAUGGUGAUCGUCAACAGCUCCCAGCUGCUGUUCCCUUGUUCCUGCCAGAACAUCUCGCUGGUCAGCGGAAACUUCUCCGACAGUGGAUUCUGUGAGGCUCAAACGCCCGACUGGCCGGUCUACGACGUGGGUUGUGCUUCCAGCGUAGAGAAUUGGCUUCUCACCAACAUCGGCGUCGUUCUGGGAAUCUGCCUCGGAGUCGCUCUGAUUGAGCUGCUGGGGAUGGUUCUGUCCAUCUGCCUGUGCAGGAACAUCCACACAGAGGAUUACACCAAAGUGCCAAAGUACUGAAGCUGAGGAACAGGAGAGAAGUUUUGGUGAAUCUGUGUCCAAAUGUAAAAUAAUGUGUGCUUGUUUUCCUCUUCUUGUUCUGUUGAGUUUCUCUUCUGAGGCUUUUUUCCGGUUUCCUUUGAGCACUUUAGCAGCUUUAUUUUGGAGAGCGAAGCUGAAAACGUCCCGAUGAUCCGACAGAAGCUCUCAGACCCGCUGGUUUUCCUCCUCGCUAAAUUUGAGUUUCCCUUAAAGCUACGUUUGGGAACCAUUCAGGAACUGGACUUUUCUUUUUUAUACACCAGUGUUUUUGAGUUGUUGUGAAAAUGUUUUUAGAACUCUGUACAUAAUUUUAGUGAGUAUUUGUGUGAAUCCAAAAGAAGCUUCCUUCCAGUGUUUCCUUAUUUUCCUUUUAUUUGUUCUGGGAAUAAUAGAAAUAAUAAUGAGGUACUAAAGAUUGUUUUUUAAAGUAUCGCUCCUUUAUUUUAGCUUUACGCUCAGACGUUCCGUUUAACCCGAAGACUUUGAGUGAAAUGUUUCUUUAACCUCUUUCUGAAUCGUGUGAAAAGUAAAAAUGACGCCGCAGAUUAUUUUGGAGCCAGAAAAUAGAUAUUUUUGGGGAACACAGAUUUCUGUACAAUUUGAGCCGAGGUGUGGUUUUUAUAGCGUGUUUCUUUGUUUGUACAGAAACGUUGAAAUAACCUCAGAAUAAACAGACUUUAGUGUUAGUUUGGACUCACAACAUUCAUUCUGUUUCAUUUUGCCAAUAAACUGAUCACAGUA